CCUGUCGCCUGGUCUUUGGGACAGCCUCUCACUCAACAUAUCUAUAGCCCUCACCAACUGGGAAACUAACUCAACUGCAACCUCUCCAACCAAAUAACGCUCAACGUUAGAUUACUGCCAAUUGACAUGGAAACCCAGAAAAGACACGAACACCACUCAGUUUGCCACACCUGCCGGAGAACGGAAAACAGAAGAAUGAAGGUCAAGAUGAUGUCUUCGUCAAAUCGAGUGCUGGUCAUUGCGCUGGCACUUACUCUGUACAUCGUUGAAGUGGCCUCGGCAGAAACGCUAUGUGGAGGAGAACUGGUGGACGCGCUGCAGUUCGUCUGUGAAGAUAGAGGAUUCUAUUUCAGUAGGCCAACCAGCAGGUCUAACAGCAGACGCUCCCAGAACCGUGGUAUCGUGGAGGAGUGUUGUUUCCGUAGCUGUGACCUCAACCUGUUGGAGCAGUACUGUGCCAAACCUGCCAAGUCAGAGAGGGACGUGUCGGCCACCUCUCUACAGAUCAUUCCCAUGGUGCCCACAAUCAAACAGGAUGUCCCAAGAAAACAUGUGACUGUGAAGUAUUCCAAAUAUGAGGCGUGGCAGAGGAAGGCUGCUCAGCGGCUCCGGAGGGGCGUCCCGGCCAUCCUCAGGGCCCGGAAGUUCCGGAGGCAGGCGGUGAAGAUCAAGGCCCAAGAGCAGGCAAUGUUCCACCGGCCUCUGAUCACCCUGCCCAGCAAGCUUCCCCCAGUCCUGCCCCCCACGGACAACUACGUCAGCCACAAUUGAGCCUCCUCACCAGCACCCCAACUCCCCCAUCGAAAGCCCUUUGCACAGACAACGAGUUUGGAGGGAGAUGAAGAAGAAAAAAAGACUAGGGGAUUAUAGCUUUGUCUCUGACGUCAUUUCUGUGGCAAGUCCUCUUUUGACCUUUCCCCCCACCCCCAAAUCCCGUCCGAGCCCACCAACCAACCAACCCCCCCACCCACCCCCCUGCCCAUCUACUACUUUUUGACCCCAAACCUACCCUAGACCCCCUCACCCAGACACUCAAACAUACGUUCACAUUCUUCCUGUCCUGACUCUCACUCUUGCGCUCUCUCUUUCAUUCACCGACACAAAAGACCGAGACACAAUCAAUGAACAAAAAGUGAACUAUUUGGCUGAAUGCAAUUUAGGUGGAUCCUUAAAUAAAAAAAAAGAAAGAAAGGAAGAAAAGAAAGAUGAAAGAGCUCUAUGGCUUGCAAGUGUCAAGAGGACAGCAGGCGGAAUGUUUUUUGUCCUUGUGGAAGACAACAGAAAGUGAAGAAACGGCUUGCAUAAAAGAACGCUUUCCCGAAGCAGAAAAAUUAUCUCUCUGUUAGUCCUUUUUGUUAUUAGUUUGCACCUCUAACUAUAAAUGGACUUCCACACUGUAAGGAAUUAUUUUGUAAAAUUAGAUUCCUGUUCCAGCACCUUUUAAUCACAAACAAAAAGCAGAAAAGAAGUCUGCAAAAUUGCACAUCGCCACGGAUUACGUCAAAGGAAAGAAAAAACAAGCACUAUUUUUUUAUGAACAAUGAACGUGUAGCUUAAAAAAAAUGUCAUGGUGCUAGCUUUUAGAAUGGACUCAGAGAAGAAGGGGUUGAAAAGCACGUUUUUUUUCCCGCUUUUAAUGAAUAUUAAAACUUUCCGUUUUAAGGAAAGUGUGACUUUAAAAAGGAGAAUAAAAGACGGUGCAUGCUAGCACUAUGCGCUAACAGCUCCCUUGAGGAAGUGGUAGGGGGACCUGAGACCCACUCCCCUCUCCGUUGGCCCCCAAGGCCCUACGAGAACUGGGAGCAGUGUGGGGACAUAACAGGACAUUAUGGACCACCUGGAUUGGAACAGUAGUUUGACUUCUUGUUCCGGGACAGUACUUCCUGUUUUGUCAUGGCUUUGAAAAACCCUGGCCUGCUCUGGAAGGAAGUGACACGUUAAUAUGGACACAGAACGAGUGGGAUAAUGCUGAUAAUAUUUUGGGGUUUUGACAUAUUUCUUUUUUCUUUUCACAUCUGUGUUUCAAGGAGAGAAAAAAAGUUAAACCCUGUCAGUUUCUGGUACCGUGACAUUCCUGCUUUUUGCGAAAUAGGCAUUUUUUGGUUAAACAUUUUGUCCAUCGUUAUUGUUAUAAUAUUAUUCUACAGUUUUUAAGAAAGGCACAAAUUUCAAUUCAAAGGGAAAAAACAGCAAUAAUGUCAACUAACAUUUUAUUUUUAAUUGUAUAUCAGUAGUAUUCUCAUGCUUUUGCCUGAAAACAAAUACUUGAAUAUAUAUAUAUAUAUAUGUGUGUGUGUAUAUAUACAUGUAUAUAUAUAUAUGUGUAGUGUAUAUAUAUAUAUGUGUAUAUAUAUAUGUACAUGUGUAUAUACAUAUAUAUACAUACAUAUAUAUAUAUAUACAUAUACAUAUAUAUACAUAUAUAUAUAUAUAUAUAUACAUAUAUAUUUAUAUAUAUAUACAUACAUAUAUAUAUAUAUAUAUAUACACACAUAUAUAUACAUUUACAUGUGUGUGUGUAUAUAUAUGUACAGUGUGUGUAUAUAUGUGUAUAUAUAUAUAUAUAUACAUACAUAAAAUUAGUUUCCAGGGACGUUGUGUUAUUUUCUUUUAGUCUGAGCUGUAUCUUGCGUAAUGAGCCGCCAAGCUUUUUUGUUUGUUUGUUGAAAUACAAAUAAGGGCACUGUAUAAAGGCAUUAUUUAUUUUGUUAUAAAAAUAUAUAUGAAAAAUUGGUCCAAAUAAUAUACAUAGCACUGAUGCUCAACUGACAGAUUUAUUUUGUAUGAUCUCUUUUUUCCCAUUUGACUUGUAAUUCUUUUUGUAGAUGCUUUGUACCAAAAAAAAUCUUUUUUUUUUUAAUUUUCAUUUGCCACAGAGUUAUUUUAAAUUAAUAUUUUAAUAGUAGAAUAGCCUGGAUUGCUUAGGUAUGUUAUGUCACAGAAAUAGGCACAUACUCUGACUACACAGGUCGGCAUGGACGUUUAGAAGCCUGGAUGGGAAAAAAGAACAUAUCCAUGACUGACCUGAUUGCAAAUACCAGUUCAACAACAUUAUGCGUUGAUUGUACACAACCCACUACGUUUUAAACCACUUUAGUAUUGCUGGCCAGAGACUAUGACAAGAGGGUCUAUUGUCAUAGUUGUAUUAGAGACUUCCGUUCUGAUUGGCUCUUGGGGAUUGGAGAGCACCCUACCCUUCCUCCCAGUGCAGUCUGGGUAACUUGCAUGUGCUGGUGGUCAGUCAGUGUGUUGGGCACCCUGCUCGGGAUUUGAUGAUGUCACUGUGACAUUUGGCCAUAAGUCAAACAAAGGUCACCUACAGCAAUCUCGACUCUCACUCAUCCUCUCUCAAUCCCUUUCUUAUUCUUCAACAUUCCCCAGAUGUUCUAUCUGCCUUUUGCCAUGGGAACAGGAGUGCAGCAUUCCUCCCAUACCAACCCUUCCCUGAUCUAUCAUCAACAUGUAUUCGAUGAAGGGCUACCAUACUGGACCAGUUUUGAAGCAGUUGAACUACUCAGGAAAAUCUUUGGUUUCUAAAGAGGAGAUGUGGAGUUGUUGUUGAGUUGAAGGGAUGAAGUAGUAUAGUGGGAUUAGGGCGACAGAGCUCUAAGCCAUAUCUGGCAGCAGUGACACUGCUCUCCAGGUAACAAACCAAUGCUCCCCAUGCACUAUAGGCUCCAUGGAAGUCUGUGCCACAACUUUUUUUUCAUGCUAUUUUAUAUGAUUUUGGCCCAUAAAAUGGAUGGAUAUUUAACGGAUACUCGUCCCAGUAGGGGUAGAGGUGAAUCGAGCCAAUACUGAAUAUCCUCUCUCUUCCCCUCCACCUUAAGAGGGCCCUAACCUAGCCUAUGAACUACUACCUUUAUGACCCCCAUGCCUAUAUGUCCUGUCUUUGACUCUAUAUUCCACUUGUGUAACAAAGCAGUGCAAUUAUUAUUAUUAUUAUAUUUCCCAGACGGUUAUGUAUCUUGUUUCCAGACAGUGACAACGACAUGGUUUAUUUUUUAUUUUAUAUGAAAUUUGUUCUUCCUGGUAGGACUGCAUUCACUAUUGUAUUGUUCAAACAGGCUACUAUAGUGUUCUUUUGAAUGGCGUGGAAGACAACCACUUCUUUGCGCUGGAUAUGAAGGGAUCUCUUGCCGAGCAUCGGCUACAUUUUUUGUGUCAGUAACCCACUCAGCCUGUGCAUAUUUUAUCGAUUUAACCUCUGCACGCUAGAACGUCUGAAAUGCACAAUUCAUGUACUUUCAUUUUUAAUAUCAAUAAAAUAAACAUUUUAUCAAACA